AAAAAAAAAGACACUACUACUACUACUACUACUACCACUGUCAUAGACACUUUGAACAUCGGCAAUAUAAUACAAUAUAAUAUAAAGAAUGUCUUUAAAUAAAACUCCAGCCUUUUGUGUGGAGUGCAAGGAUCAAGAGGCUUCUGUCUUUUGUGAACAGUGCGAUGAAGACUUUUGCGAAGUGUGUCAUGCCAUGCUUCAUCGAACUGGUAACCGCCGUAAACACACCAUGAAAAACUUGAUCGUAAAGCCACCUGCAAAUGGCUCAGAUGAACCAGUAGUCAAUGGAGAUGUGACUGAAAUCCUCUUGUCAAAUAAUGAGGUAGGCAAGGGGAGUAGCAGUACAUUGACAAGCUCUGGUGAAUUGGAUGGUACUGUGAUUAGCGGUGGAGGUGCGACCUUGGGCGAAUGGAUGACAGCAAGAGCAAAGACCGUUCCUCUUCGGCUGGAUGAAAAGGAGAGAAAUAUGCUACGAUUGCUUGAGGCAGCUUUGAAUGUAUCCGAAUAUACUGACAAGAUCGACAUCAUUUCAUACUCCAACAAGGCCAGGCGGAUUGUGCUCCAGAUCAAGGAUAUAUGUGCAGUUAUAUCAGGUCUCUUGGUUUCUGGAGACUACAAGCUUGGAAGUCGCCUUUUUGCAAAGCGUAACAUUAGAGAAAACGAGGCUUUCUUCCAGCGUGUUUUUGAAGUCGGAAGACGGUUCAAGAUCAUGAAUCCUGAAAAGAUGCGCUCAAACUAUGGAAAGCUUAUGCAUAUGUUAAUGGAUUCGGUGGUUCCAGAAGUAGAGGAGCUUUUGGGAUUUUCUUGUGUUAUUCCUAUCAAGACAGUUUAUGAGUUUUUGAAGAAAAGAAACAGAGUGGAUGUGCUUCACGAUGAUUUGAUUGCUCUUGCAACCAGAGAAAUUGCACCUGAACUCAAGACCAGAGAACAGAUUGAUGCCGAGGUUCAACGAAAGAGACGUGCGGUAGAACAGCUGGGUAAAAAGUAUGCAAACAGUGAUAUUUCUGCAGAAGAUAUCGAGAGAUGUCUGUCUUCUUUGUCAGACAACCACGCAUAUCUCAAAGCCAACAGAGAUCCUUGUGAACGCAUGUCAAAGUAUCUCGCAAAGUACUUUAACCCAGCAAAGACAGAAUCAAACUACUCCCUUGCGAUUAUGGCUGGCCGACAAGGGCAUCGGUUGACCCACAGCCACUCGAACCAAUAUGCAUAUGUGCAUCAAUCGCUUGGUCUGUGGCGUGAGAUUGUGCAUGAGAUGUUUAUGCUCUGGAGUUUGGCCGACAGCGAUCUACUUUCCUCAAGUCCCUAUAGACUCACGAACACUGGCCAAGGCUUGCAGCGCAUCCAGACUUGUCCUGGAGUUGGACGUGCGAUGCAAAAGAUCCUCGGACGCGCUCAAAAGAGGGGAGGUUCUUGGGUUGGAAGCAGUGCUGUUCACUUGGGUGACAAGAAUGUACCGAAUUCUUUUAUGUUUAUUGACAAGUAUAACCAAGUUUCCCGUAUCUUGACACCGAUCAUCAGAACUCUGGACAGAUUAGACUGUCUGGAUCAAGAUAAAGAGCUUGAGGCUUAUGUGAAAGAUACUUUUGGUGGUGUAGAGCAAUGCAGAAAGGAUAUACUUUAUGACUUUUUUCGAUUUGGAUUUGAUGGGUCAGGAGGAGAUAACUACUUUGAUGCCGGAAGCUGUAUUGACGGUCGUUUGACAUCUGCUUGGAACUGGUGUUCAUUGAUUGAAAAGAAGAAAUAUUUCCCGAUCUUCUUGCUGACGGGAUUCAUUGGAUUUGAUGGAGAGGAUUGGAACUAAAGAUAUAUAUAUAUAUAUAUAUAUUAUACAAGCUAUACUACACACGUACACGCGCACGUACAAAAAAAAAUGUAUACACACACAAAAAUAAAUCACACAAAAAAUACACAUAUUUAGAUAUGUGUAGAUAUGUAUAUGUAUCUUGUAUUAGAGUGAAAUGAUAAUAAUAAUAAUAAUAAUAAUAAUAAAACAAUAAUAAAUUGUACU